AUGGACAAUGUGGACAAUGUGUACAAUGUGGACAUUGAGGACAAUGUGGACAUUGAGGACAAUGUGUCCAAUGUAGACUAUGUAGACAAUGUGUACAAUGUGGUCAAUGUGUCCAUUGUGUCCAAUGUGUCCAUUGCGUCCAAUGUAGACAAUGUGGACAACAAUGUGUACAAUGUGGACAAUGUGGACAAUGUGUCCAAUGUAGACAAUGUAGACAAUGUGGUCAAUGUGUCCAAUGUGGACAAUGUAGACAAUGUAGACAAUGUGGACAACAAUGUGGACAAUGUGUAUAAUGUGGACAAUGUGGACAAUGUGGUCAAUGUGUCCAUUGUGUCCAAUGUGGCCAAUGUAUCCAAUGUAGACAAUGUGGACAAUGUGUCCAAUGUGUCCAUUGCGUCCAAUGUAGACAAUGUGGACAGUGUGGACAAUGUAGUCAAUGUGUACAAUGUGGACAAUGUCGACAAUGUGGACAAUGUGAACAAUGUGUCCCAUGUAGACAAUGUGGACAAUGUGUCCAAUGUAGACAAUGUAGACUAUGUAGACAAUGUGUACAAUGUGGUCAAUGUGUCCAUUGUAUCCAAUGUGUCCAUUGCGUCCAAUGUAGACAAUGUGAACAAUGUGUACAAUGUGGACAAUGUGUCCAAUGUAGCCAAUGUAGACAAUGUGGACAAUGUGGACAAUGUAGACAAUGUGUACAAUGUGGACAAUGUGGACAAUGUGUCCAAUGUAUCCAAUGUAGAAAAUGUGGACAAUGUGUAUAAUGUGGACAAUGUGGACAAUGUGUCCCAUACAAUGUACAAUGUGUACAAUGUGGUCAAUGUGUCCAAUGUGGACAAUGUAGACAAUGUAGACAAUGUGGACAGUGUGUGUAAUGUAGACAAUGCGGACAAUGUGUCCAAUGUGUUCAAUUUGUCCAAUGUAGCCAAUGUGUCCAAUGUAGACAAUAUGGACAAUGUGAACAAUGUGGACAAUGUAGACAAUGUGGACAACAAUGUGUACAAUGUGGACAAUGUGGACAAUGUGUCCAAUGUAGACAAUGUAGACAAUGUGGUCAAUGUGUCCAAUGUGGACAAUGUAGACAAUGUAGACAAUGUGGACAGUGUGAGUAAUGUAGACAAUGUAUUCAAUCUAGCCAAUGUGGACAAUGUGACCAAUGUGUCCAAUGUGGCCAAUGUAUCCAAUGUAGACAAUGUGGACAAUGU